AUGUCGUCCGACUCGUCUCCGGCACAGCCGCAGCUGGAGCAUGACUCCACUCUUCGCGUCGAUAAAUCCGUCUCUUUGACCAUUGGCAGCGAUUCGCUCUUGAUCGUCGACGACCGUCCUCGCAAAUCGGCUCGUGGCUGCUGCGGAUUGCGGAAGUCAGAACAAACAAAGUUGCCUCGUGCGAUCUCCCUCUAUAACAUUUUAGAUGUUCAAGCCGAGCCUUCAAACCUCACCAUCACCUACGCCGAGUCGUCAUCCAAAGAGGAUGUCGCUGUCAAGACCCUUCACUACUCCGUCAGCGAUAAGGAAAGCCCAACGGUCGAGGGUUGGGCAAACAAGCUACUCAGUGCUUCCUACGGAGAUGUGCCGCGCACAAGGCGGUUGAAGAUCCUGAUCAACCCAUUCGGUGGACAAGGAAAAGCCCAGGCUCUGUACCAGAAACAGGCCGCUCCCAUCUUCGCUGCCGCGGGAUGCAAAUUGGAUGUGCAGACUACUCAACACCAAGGUCACGCGAUCGAAAUUGCGGAGCAGCUCGAUGUCAAUGCUUAUGACGCGAUCGUCUGUUGCUCGGGUGACGGUCUCCCUUACGAGGUGUUCAACGGAUUGGGCAAGCGACCCAACGCCCGUGAGGCUUUGGCCAAGCUACCCGUUGCGCUACUCCCUUGCGGCUCUGGAAAUGCGAUGACCUGGAGCUGUUUUGGCACUGGAAGUGUCUCGGUCGCAGCACUGGCUGUUGUAAAGGGUCUGCGGACACCGCUGGAUCUGAUGUCCAUUUCACAGAAGGGUACUCGCACUCUUUCCUUCCUUUCGUCGUCUUUCGGAAUUAUCGCUGAGUCCGACCUGGGCACGGAUAACAUUCGGUGGAUGGGUGCUCAGCGAUUUACCUAUGGAUACCUUGCUCGCGUGAUGUCUAACCGAGUUUGGCCCUGUGAUCUGGCGAUUAAGGUCGAUAUCGAUGACAAGGAAGCGAUCAAGCAGCACUAUGCUGAAUAUACUAAUCGCGAACCGGAUCCAAUGGCUGAUCUUCACCGUAUUGAGGCUGCGGAGAAGUCACCUGCGUUACCUGAGUUAAAGUACGGAACCGUGUCUGAUGAGCUGCCUCAAGAUUGGCAAGUUGUUCCCGGUGAGAAGAUGGGCAACUUCUAUGCUGGUAACAUGGCAAUCGUGACCAAGGACGCCAACUUUUUCCCUGCCUCCCUGCCGAACGAUGGUUUUAUGGAUAUCAUCACGGUUGACGGUACGAUUAGUCGUCUUACCUCACUUGGUAUGAUUUCCGAGGUCGCCACUGGUGCCUUUUUCCAUCGACCUGAAGUGUCGCUUCGCAAGGCGACUGCCUUCCGCUUGGUGCCCCAUCAGAAAGAAGGUUAUAUCAGCAUCGAUGGCGAGUCGAUCCCCUUCGAAGCUUUCCAGGUUGAGAUUCACCCCGGCUUGGGCACGGUUCUCUCCAAGUCAGGUAACCGAUACGAGGUCGAUGGACCCAUGUGA